AUGCUUGUCCUCGCUUUUCUUGGAGCCUUGAUGGCUCAUGUUUCCCUUGGCUCCGCCGCACUCACCAUGCGAUCUGUCUCUCUAGUCGUCAAUCUGGCCAUAGUAACUCUCCCUGGUCUCGUCUCAGCAGCCAAUAACAUCAAGAUGAUCAACCGCUGUCCGUACGAUAUCUACUCCUGGAGCGUUGGACCUGUUGGAUCUGGCUUCAAUGGCCACGAUCACGAGGCCUUGACCAUUCCCGCCAACUCUGUCACUGUUCACGGCAUGAUCAACACUGAGGCAAUUGGUAGCGGCAUUGCCCUCAAGUUCCGCGACUUGUCAAAGUAUGAGGUGGCUCCUGCUGGCAUCAUCCAAGUCGAGUACAACCUCGAGCCCAGCAAGAACAACCUCUGGUACGAUCUGAGCGCCAUCGAUUGUGACCGCGCUGCUGGUCCGGAAAGCCCUUCAUUCUGUCCGCUGGUUGGUGGUGGGAUGAAGCUCUAUGUUGCCGAAGCGGACGAGGCCAAGUGUCCUCCUGCUUGGUGUGGUGCUGACGGCUGCCACAACACCUACACUCGGCGUGGUUCCUGGAAGGGUGAGCCUACCUUCAGGUGCAAUGUUGGUGUCGAUAUCAUUAUUGAGAUGUGCACUGAGCGUGCUGGAGCAAGGACUUUUAACGGAAAUACUGAGCCUGAACAUGCUGUCGACUCCAACCCGGAUGUGAAGGCUGGUGGAACAACUCAGAACGGCGUCUGUGGUGCAAGGGAUCCUUUCGGAGCCACCUGUUUUGGUUAUACUCAUGGCAACUGCUGCUCCUGUAAGUCCUUAACCAUAUCAAUAAUCAACCUCAAAGCCUUUUGUGCUAACGAUAUCCAGCAUACGGUUGGUGCGGUUUCUCAGAAGCGCACUGCGGAGACGGCUGUCAAGCUGGCUUCGGCGACUGCUUCUCGUCUGGUCCUGUAUACCAGCCUCCGGCCCAGCUUCCUGCUCAGCCCAGCUACUCCAAUCCUGAACCCAACCAUGUGGAGGCUCCGCCUAGCUACGCUCAGCCAACACCUGAUCAUGUCCAGCCAACGCAUACCCACCAUGAGCAAACCUGGCCUAUACCAAGCUACGACAAGCCUACAUUUAAGUACGCCGGGCCUAGCACUUUCCUCACGAGCUAUAUCAAGCCCACUCUCAGCCAUAGCAAGUCUGCCUCGGUAUACAGCGCGCCAACGCCCAGCUACAACGCCCCAGGUUCUAGUUCCACGCCACCAGUCCACACAAAGCCCAGCCACGGUCCAGUCUACACACCACCGGCCUACACGCCUGCGUAUCCACCCGCGUACUCACCCCCACCCUACAGGACAAUCUACACAACCCACAUCCUUACAAAAACACAAGCACAGCUCACCAGAACAGUAGCGGUGAGCACUCGGUCAAACGCACCGACCACAAUCUCGCCCGUCUACCACGCACCCCCGCAGCCGCCACUACUUGGGUCGGCACACACCACACCGUCCUAUACACACCCGCCGCAGCAAGACCCACACGUAUCGAGCACCCGGUACAACGCCCCUGUGCCGACGCCGGUGCAGCCGGUGUACUAUCAUCCGAUCACCAAGACGUAA